AUGGUUAACUUUAAGACCAUCAUCUCUGCCCUCUUGGCCCUUGCUGCUGCUGCCCCUUUCCCUAGCAAUACCAACUUCUCAAUUCAACAGGUUGCUGUUAGAGUUCCUCCUGUCCACCCAGCUGCUAUAUACGCCCGGGAUUAUAUUAGGUAUGGCGUUAAAGUUCCUGAUCACGUAGCCUUAGCAGCAAGAUCUGGUUGGAUCGACUCUGUUGUCACUACUCCCUUUCAACAUGAUGUCGUAUACCUCACUCCUAUUCAAGUUGGUGGCAGCAGCUUGCAAGUUUACUUUGACACUGCCUCUGCUAAUCUUUGGGUCUAUACACCUCAAACCCCUGCUGUUGGAUCUCACGCUACUUAUAACACCCAAAGUGGCAGAUUGAUACCGAAUUAUUACUGGAAUAGCGUAAAUGUAGAGGGCGUUAUUAGCAGAGGUCGCGUGUUCGUGGAUAAGGUUCGCGUUGGUAAUCAUCUUAUGUAUCCCUUACAGGCUGUUCAGGUUGUGGAUGAUAUUGAACCCGUCUCAGCUAUGUAUGAACCCCUCAGAGCAUAUGAUGGUAUCUUUGGAUUGGCCUUCUCGAAAGGGAAUACUGUUUUGCCUAUAAAGCAGAAGACCUUCUUUGAUAAUAUUAAGGAAUGGCUUAAUGAACCUCUCUUUGCUGUCUACGUCAAGCAUGGGGCUCCUGGUGGCUACGACUUUGGUUGGACUGAUCCCAGGAAGUAUAAGGGGGAUAUUGUCUGGGAGCCUGUUUAUGCCGACGAGGGAUUAUGGAAGAUUUCUGUUAAUGGAUAUAGUAUUGGCGACCAGUCGUUUAGUUCUACCCCUUUCUUUGCUAUUAUCGACACUGGUACCACCCUUCUCCUCCUCCAGGAGGACCUUGUCGCAGAAUACUAUCAAAAGAUUCCUGGUUCCUAUAACUGCGAAGAAGCGGGCGGAUACAUCUUCCCAUGCUCUAGUAUCAUUCCUGAAUUCAAACUUAAGAUUGGUCAACACAUCGCUGUCGUUCCUGGCGAAUUCAUGAUCUAUACUGCUACCAAUAGUACCCAUUGCUUUGGUGGUAUCCAAACCAGUCCUCAAACCGGCAGGAAUUAUUUGGGCAAUGUCUUCUUGAAGAGCCAGUAUGUUAUUUUCUAUGACCACCCCCAACGCCGUCCCUGGAUCGGUAUCGCUGCCCAGGCCUAA